UGGACCGUGUCAGCAGAUGCUUCGGUAGCCACUUGUAGUAGCCAGACUUUAAUUUAUAACCUUUAUGUUGAACUAUAUUUGCUUGAAUUCUUGUUGAAAAUAUUUUCUACCAUCAAAGUGAACUGCAACAAUGGGUCAAGCAGAAAGCCACAAUGAGAUUGAUUUGGAGCAAAUUCAGGAGCUGUGUAUGGCUUUUAUGAAGGAGUGCCCGAGCGGGGCUUUGCACCUACAUGAAUUAAAACGGAUCUUUGGUAUACCAGCCAGCUGCGAGGAAGAGACUUUGUACAUUGAGACUGUCUUCCAUUCAUUCGACACAAACAGGGAUAACGCGUUGGAUUUUAUGGAGUAUACAGCCGCUCUUCACCUGAUAUUGCGCGGGAAUCUUGAGGAUAGGUUAAAGUGGUCCUUUAAAAUCUACGACAAGGACGGGAAUGGCAAGUUAGACCGAGAAGAGGUGAAAAACCUCAUUCGGAUCAUUUACAAAAUCAAAAUUCAUACAACUGCCAUAAACAUGACACCUAAUGAAGUCUGUGACAGGAUCUUUGAGCUGGUCGACCAGAAUCAUGAUGGCCAGAUUUCCUUUACUGAGUUCAUGGAGGGGGCCCAGAAGGACGAGUGGGUCAUGAAUAUGCUCAAGCUGGACGUCAACGCUAGUGGCUGGGUCAUGCAGAACUGUGUAAAAAUGACCUGAGCCCUCCAAACAGGCUCUCUCAUCUACACAGAGAGGGGUUGUGUCCCUCAAAUGGCAUCUGAGUUUUGUCUUUUUCUCACAAGAAACCUGAUUCCUUGGGCCUAAAGAUCUGGUUCUGCCUCCAGGUUUGCUUGUGGUGGUUCAGGCAUAGACAUGGAGCACUUUCCUCCGUAUCACUUCUUGUAGUUGUUCUUUUAACAUGCUGUCCAUGCACGUUGGUGUGUCGGAACAACAGGCGUUCUCUUUUUGAGUUGGGACCAGCUGACAGGAUGGAGUCUCAUUCAGCACAUGACUGUCAUAGAUCACUGGAACUCUGGUAGAUUUCAAACAGAGUUCAAAGGUCAUAUUGUGUGAUAUGAUAUUACACAGGGUCACUAUCUGCAGUUUGAGUAUUUACAUUGCAUUCAAAUGUAAAAUAUUAUGGAAUUCUAUACUCAGUAAUAUUGUGACGAUGGUUAUGAAAGUAUCAUAUUAAUAAUAUUAUAUAAUCAAAAUAAUGAUUUCACAACCUUAUACUUUCAAGUACGAAGUAAUAUUUCAAAACAUUAUAUCAAUGCAAAUAUCAUACCGUUAGUAACCUAAAUGUGAUAUAUCAUGUUAUGUUACCCACAUUUAUUUGACCUAUUGUGUUUAAGGAAUUUAUAUCACAUCAGAGAACUUAGAAUGGGGAUAUGUUAUAUUAUUCAAUGUCAAGUACUUCAAAUCCUUUCGUCAUACCUGUCAAAAACAACGAGGCAUCACAAAAACAGGUUUAAUAACCUUUAAAUAUCAGCAGAGUUUAAACUGUGAACCAAACUGUUGGCUACAGUCAUGACCAAAAGUUUAGAAAAUGACACAAAUAUUAAUUUUCACAAAGUUUGCUGCUUCAGUGUCUUUAGAUAUUUUUGUCAGAUGUUACUAUGGAAUAUUGAAGUAUAAUUACAAGCAAGUGUCAAAGGCUUUUAUUGACAAUUACAUGAAGUUGAUGCAAAGAGUCAAUAUUUGCAGUGUUGACCCUUCUUUUUCAAGACCUCUGCAAUCCACCCUGGCAUGCUGUCAAUGAACCUCUGGGCCACAUCCUGACUGAUGGCAGCCCAUUCUUGCAUAAUCAAUGCUUGGAGUUUGUCAGAAUUUGUGGGUUUUUGUUUGUCCACCUGCCUCUUUAGGAUUGACCACAAGUUCUCAAUGGGAUUAAGGUCUGGGGAGUUUCCUGGCCAUGGACUCAAAAUAUCUAUGUUUUGUUCCCAGAGCCACUUAGUUAUCACUUUUGCCUUAUGGCAAGGUGCUCCAUCAUGCUGGAAAAGGCAUAGUUCGUCACCAAACUGUUCCUGGAUGGUCGGGAGAAGUUGCUCUCGGAGGAUGUGUUGGUACCAUUCUUUAUUCAUGGCUGUGUUCUUAGGCAAAAUUGUGAGUGAGCCCACUCCCUUGGCUGAGAAGCAACCCCACACAUGAACGGUCUCAGGAUGCUUUACUGUUGGCAUGACACAGGACUGAUGGUAGCGCUCACCUUGUCUUCUCCGGACAAGCUUUUUUCCAGAUGCCCCAAACAAUCGGAAAGGGGAUUUGUCAUAGAAAAUUACUUUACCCCAGUCCUCAGCAGUCCAAUCCCUGUACCUUUUACAGAAUAUCAGUCUGUCCUUGAUGUUUUUCCUGUAGAGAAGUGGCUUCUUUGCUGCCCUUCUUGACACCAGGCCAUCCUCCAAAAGUCUUCACCUCACUGUGCAUGCAGAUGCACUCACACCUGCCUGCUGUCAUUCCUGAGCAAGCUCUGUACUGGUGGUGCCCGGAUCCUGCAGCUGAAUCAACUUUAAGAGACGGUCCUGGUGCUUGCUGGACUUUCUUGGGCGCCCUGAAGCCUUCUUCACAACAAUUGAACCGCUCUCCUUGAAGUUCUUGAUGAUCCGAUAAAUGGUUGAUUUAGGUACAAUCUUACUGACAGCAAUAUCCUUGCCUGUGAAGCCCUUUUUGUGCAAAGCAAUGAUGAUGGCACGUGUUUCCUUGCAGGUAACCAUGAUUGACAGAGGAAGAACAAUGAUUCCAAGCACCACCCUUUUGAAGCUUCCAGUCUGUUAUUUGAACUCAAUCAGCAUGACAGAGUGAUCUCCAGCCUUGUCCUCUUCAACAAUCACACCUGUGUUAAUGAGAGAAUCACUGACAUGAUGUCAGUUGGUCCUUUUGUGGCAGGGCUGAAAAGCAGUGGAAAUGUUUUUUGGGGAUUCAGUUCAUUUGCAUGGCAAAGAGGGACUUUGCAAUUCAUCUGAUCACUCUUUAUAACAUUCUGGAGUAUAUGCAAAUUGCCAUCAUACAAACUGAGGCAGCAGACUUUGUGAAAAUUAAUAUUUGUGUCAAUCUCAAAACUUUUGACCACGACUGUACCAUUGUUGCAAGUUCCCAAAGAGGUUAUUUUUUAAGUAUUUUAUGGUAAUUUCUUUCAUGUAGUCUACAUUUUGGAAUAUCUUUACCCAUUUUUAAGCUUUACUAUUGUCCACACAUCACGAUUCCAUAAAUUGUAUUUGAGAUACUUAAAUCAACCCUUUGAUGAAGAAUGAACCAUGAUUAAGAAUUCACCUUUUGAUCAACAUCUAGUCAGCAAGUGCUGUGAUAUUUGAUCCAAGUAAUGACUAAAGAUAACACAACAGAUCAUUCUAGAUAGAACAAUCCUCAUUCAACAAAUGUAGAAUUUUGUAUGAGGAUUAUGUGCAUUCAACACAUUUACACCAAAUAUCUAUAUUUCCAUUUGGUUUAAUCUAAUGCAAGCAUGUCCCAUUAAGUGGUCUCACCAUGGCAACCAUUCUUUGUUCAUUUAUUUGACAAUCGAUGCACCCAUCACGAUAAACCACAGGCUUAUUGUUGUCGCAUAGCUAAGAGGUGUACCUCUAAGUAAGCAUUUAAUUGUACUGUGUAUGUACACCAAGUGUAUCCUGUGCAUACGACAAAUAAACUGGAUUUGAUUUGCAAAGCCACCCAGCCAUGUAGGCAUACCUCAGGGAGAAAGAAGCUUUCCACUAGUAUUUUCUUGGGUGGGGUGUCCCAAUGGAAAAACAUCCUUGCAUCCAUGACAACGGUUCCCAGCAUUGGUCUUCAUGUAACCUACCACUCUAGGGUAUUAUGCAGGUUAUAUGUCCAAAUCAAUAGUCAGAGUGCAGUUAGAAGAUUGGCUCAGCUGAAAACCCACAUUCAAGAGGACCAUUGUUUUGAACUCUUGCUCCACUCUGUUACAUGAUACUGUGAUACACAACAUUUCUAUGCACAAGGCAUCGUUGUCUCAGAACAGAGGUUUGUUCAAACAGUAAGGCACAAGAGUCCAUGCUAUAUCAUGAAUAUAGUCACAGGUAAAUGCCGUUGUUCGUCUUGAUGUGCUUGUCACACCCUGAUCUAUUUCACCUGUCCUUGUUAUUGUCUCCAACCCCUCCAGGUGUCGCUUGUUUUCCCCAGUGUAUUUAUCCCUGUGUUUCCUGUCUCUCUGGGCCAGUGUAUUUAUCCCUGUGUUUCCUGUCUCUCUGGGCCAGUGUAUUUAUCCCUGUGUUUCCUGUCUCUCUGGGCCAGUGUAUUUAUCCCUGUGUUUCCUGUCUCUCUGUGCCAGUUCGUCUUGUAUGUUUCCAAGUCAACCAGCUGUUUUUCCUGUUCUCCUGCCUUUGCUAUUCUCCUUUUUCUAGUCCUCCUGGUUUUGUCCCUUGGCUGUUUCUGGACUCUGUACCAACCUGCAUGACUAUUCUACCUGUCUUGACCUCGAGCCAGUUUGCCACUCUGUACCUCCUGGACUCUGAACUGGUUUUGACCUUUGACCUGUCCACGACCAUUCUCUUGCCUUCCCCUUUUGGAUUAUUAAACAUCUUAAACUCCAACCAUCUUCCUCCUGU